GCUGUUCCAGUCCCGCCCCUGAGUUCUGUCAUGGCGACGUCCAGUACUCCAGCCGGUGUGAGGACACGCUAUGCUGGGGUUUUUGUCCGCGCGACAAACGGGUUUGGAGGACCCUCUUCGCCUUCGGAGAGCAGAGUCAACACGGAGAGUUUUGGGACUGGAAUUAAAUAAAGACAGAGAUGUUGAAAGAAUCCACGGCGGUGGAAUUAACACCCUUGACAUUGAACCUGUUGAAGGGAGAUAAAAUGAAGCUUCUUACCCAAGACGCUCAAGGAAAUAAAAUGUGAGUCAAGGAUUUUAUAUCUAGCCAAACUGAUUUCAAGUACAAAAAGGACAGAUAAAUUGUCAAAAACACAAGAAUUCAGAGACUGUUGUUCUCAUUAGCCAUUCUUUAGGAAUCAACCAGAGAAUGAAAUCAUUCAACUAGAAUGACGAGAGAGACAGCAACGUAAGGAUUGAUGCAUGUUAUCAGGUGGUUCAGAUGGUGUGAUUGUACUUUAUGACCUUGAGAACUCCAGCAGACAGUCUUAUUAUACAUGUAAAGCAGUGUGUUCCAUUGGCAGAGAUCAUCCUGAUGUUCACAGAUACAGUGUGGAGACGGUACAGUGGUAUCCUCAUGACACUGGCAUGUUCACAUCAAGCUCAUUUGAUAAAACUCUGAAAGUAUGGGAUACAAAUACAUUACAAACUGCAGAUGUAUUUAAUUUUGAGGAAACAGUUUAUAGUCAUCAUAUGUCUCCAGUCUCCACCAAGCACUGUUUGGUAGCAGUUGGUACUAGAGCACCCAAAGUACAACUUUGUGACUUGAAGUCUGGAUCCUGUUCUCACAUUCUACAGGGUCACAGACAAGAAAUAUUAGCAGUUUCCUGGUCGCCACGUUAUGACUAUAUCUUGGCAACGGCAAGUGCUGACAGUAGAGUAAAAUUAUGGGAUGUGAGAAGAGCAUCAGGAUGUUUGAUUACUCUUGAUCAACAUAAUGGGAAAAAGUCACAAGCUGUUGAAUCAGCAAACACUGCUCAUAAUGGGAAAGUUAAUGGCUUAUGUUUUACAAGUGAUGGGCUUCACCUCCUCACUGUUGGUACAGAUAAUCGAAUGAGGCUCUGGAAUAGUUCCAAUGGAGAAAACACACUUGUGAACUAUGGAAAAGUUUGUAAUAACAGUAAAAAAGGAUUGAAAUUCACUGUCUCCUGUGGCUGCAGUUCAGAAUUUGUUUUUGUACCAUAUGGUAGCACCAUUGCUGUUUAUACAGUUUACUCAGGAGAACAGAUAACUAUGCUUAAGGGACAUUAUAAAACUGUUGACUGCUGUGUAUUUCAGUCAAAUUUCCAGGAACUUUACAGUGGUAGCAGAGACUGCAACAUUCUGGCUUGGGUUCCAUCCUUAUACGAACCAGUUCCUGAUGAUGAUGAGACUACAACAAAAUCACAAUUAAAUCCAGCCUUUGAAGAUGCCUGGAGCAGCAGUGAUGAAGAAGGAUGAAUAUCACCUUUAGUACCUUUGUGUCUCUGCUGAAACUUUUUAAAUGAGACCGUAUGUUUUUUUCAACUGUACGGUCUAUUCCUGACAGCUAAAUUACCCCUAAAUGUGGGUAAUUUUUUUCCUCAUGUUUUAAAAUGAGGUUAAUAUUUGCAUAAAAUUAUAAAACAGGCUUCUGUGUAGUUUAUUUAGUCAAAAUGUGUUCCUUGAUCCCAGAUGCUGUGGCCUGGGGAAGCCCUCCUUGCUACAGUACAAGUACACAAGUCAUUGUACCUCAAUUGUGACCUUCAGCAGAUUUUAUGAACUAUAAGAUGCAGUCUCAGAGGAUCAGCAAGUGGAAGCCACCAGUAUUGACUUUCUCUUACUUGCUAUACUAUCAGCCUGCUCAUUUCUACCUUCAAGAAUGAUUUUGCCAAGAAUAAUUAUAUUAAAAAUAGUAGUUGAAAUGGUAACAUCAAAAUUAUUUUAUUCUUUCUUCUUCAUGUAUUCACAUUUUUCAAUGGUUUCAUUUAAUUAACCAUGCUUUAUGUUAAACAUUUUUGGGCUUAAUGUCUCCUACAAUCCAAAAUGUGCAUCACAGGAGGCUUUUAACUUUGUGAAAAUCCCAUGUUUGCUUUAUUUUAUUUUAAUGUCAGAAGGCAGUUUGCACUAAUGCUUGAACUCUUUUUUUUAUGAAACUCAUUAACAUAUGAUGAAAUCCUGCCUCAUUAAUUCAAGCAGAAAAUAUCCUGGCAGGGAUUCUGGCUUAAAUAUGAAAUGUUGUAAUAAAAUUUCUAUGUUACUGUC